AUGUCAACCAAAUCAAAAUCAACUAAAUCAACUAGCACCGCCAAGAAGUCCUCCAGCACCACCACCAAGAAAUCGACUCACCCAACCUAUCAGGUUAUGAUCAGUGAGGCUAUCGAACACUACAAGGACAGAACUGGAUCGUCGAUCAUCGCUAUCAAGAAGUACAUCGAGGAGCACUACGACGUCAAUCAGACUGUGUUCAACACUCAGUUGAAGUUGGCAUUGAAGCGUCUCGUUGAGAACAACUCACUCGUCAAAGUCAAGGCAAGCUACAAGCUCCCACCAAAGUCUGCCAAGAAGUCAACUACCGCUGCCGCCACCACUACCACUGCCGCCAAGAAGUCAACCACAACCUCCGCCAAGAAGAAGACUACCACCACUGCCGCCAAGAAGUCAACUACAACCGCUGCCGCCAAGAAGACUACUGCUCCAGAAGCCGAGAAAUCCGACGACUCUGGUAGUGAAGCUCCCGCUGCACCAGCCAAGAAGACCACUGCCGCCAAGAAGGCCGCCCCAAAGAAGAAGGCAACAACCACUGCCGCCCCCAAAAAGAAGGCAGCAGCAAAGAACGCCACCAAAAAGAAGACCGCCAAGAAAUAA